AUGACUUUUUCUGUUUUCUAUCUCAUCAGUUACUACAAAACCAAAUCAAAGCCUCGUCCAGUACAAGUGGAUGAAACACCAUUGACAGAAGAGGACAUAAGAAAAUAUUAUAAUUUCACACAAUUUAAUAAAACCCAUCCAAGACUUCAUUGCAUCCUUUCCCCUCUUAGUGUUUGUGAUGGGUUUAGGACGGAAAACAAUUUCUCUCGUACAUUAAUUAUUGUGAAGUCAUCAGCGGAAAGUUUUCACAUACGAAAAUGGUUCCGAUGGAAUAUAAAACAACAGAAAGACAUAGAUAACAAUUUUAAGAUAGUUUUCCUUCUAGGACAAUCUCCAUCUUCCUCUAUGAGCGAGCUUAUAAAAGAGGAAAGUAAACUACACAACGAUAUGAUUCAGGGAAAUUUUACAGAUAACGGGAAUAUUACCACGUACAAAACUAUCAUGGGGUUUAAUUGGGCUCUCAAGUAUUGCCAAAAUUCUCAGUUUCUCCUUCUCCAAGAAGAAAAUUUUAAAAUAAAUUAUAAAAACGUGAUGACAUUUCUGGAGAAAGAGGAUGACCCGGAGUCUCUAUACGUUGGAAAAUUAAUCCGAAAGGAACAAACAUCUAGCAGUAACCCUGACCACGUCCGAUACAUUCCGAAGGAGGAGUACCCUCUUCCGUUUCUUCCGCCUGAUAUUGCAGGUGGUGCCUAUCUUGUCAGCAUGAACGUUGCCAAAACGCUUGUGUCAAAUUUUGAUUCUGUGAAAAUGGUUCGCGUGGAUGACGUGUUCAUGGGGCUUGUUGCAAUGUUAAGUGACGUCAUUUUAGUUCACUCCAAAAAAGUAACCCUUGAAAAUUGUGCCAAAUUCACAAAGAUGUUAGCAUGCAGGACAUUCACUUCCGCGGAGGAAAUUCUCGGUGCAUGGGAGGAGUCAUUUGAAAUCAAUUUCUGA